AUGCUUCUUCGAUCUUCCCUACGACUCUCAGCGCCCAAGAAAAAGUCCUCAAUUUCCUCAGCAAGAUCCUUGACAGCUCCAAGCUCCCCGAAUCUAACUGGAAUUCCACGACCUUUUCUAGUGAAGGAAGUAUCCUCAAUAGUCAGUGCCUCUAGUCUCGGAUAUCCCUUUUGUCGAAUUUGUCAUGAUACCAGUGCAGACGAAACUCAUGGACGAUUAAUCGCCCCCUGUCUUUGUGAUGGCAGCUUAAAAUAUGUCCAUGAAAAAUGCAUUCAAAGAUGGGUAGAUAUUAGCAAUUCAAAGAGAUGUGAACUCUGCCAUUUUGAGUACGAAAUAAGCUCCUACACUAAACCAAUAAAUGAAUGGAGGUGUUGCCCAUUUACCAUAGGAGACCUUCGAAAAAUGUUCUGUUUUACAAUGAUUUAUUUGAUGAUUCAAGCCAGUGUAGGAUGGGCUCUUUAUGCUCUAAUAACAAAUAUCUCUGAACCCGGAGUAUCAACUCCUCGAUAUGCUUUGCACUUUUGGUUGAAAGUAAUUGUAAUACUCAUUGGAAUAUCAUGCGUUGGUGUAUUUGCAUACAUUCAGAUCCGAUAUUGCUAUGGAGUGUGCAAACGAUGGAGAAGGAUCAAUCGAGUUAGUCUAAUUCAAGAGCCCAGCUUGGAGAGGAUUAGGAAACUACGAUUGGAAUUGCGCUCUUCCUCACCUUAUGGACAGGAUGAUAUUUUCACUUCUUUGCCAUAG